AUGUCCCAACCAGCGUCGUCGCUGAACAUCGGCGAGAAAGAGAGGAACGUUCCUUUAGACCAGUCAACAACAGAUUCAAAGGCAUCUUCCGAAGUCCAAAAGCAUGCCGAUGACAAUAAGAAGCACGGUAUCGAAGGCACAGAGAGAAUCCCUACAAAUGCAGCUCAGGCGACUGUCGCCACCGCCGAGAAGGAUCUGUACGAACCCUACGAUAAUGGAUAUCACUUCCCUCCCAAGCACAACUGGAAACAAUCUUUGCGAAUAGGUGCGAAGGCUUUCUGGAAUUACACGUGGACACCGAUCGGCUUCUUCGUUGUUCUUUAUGGUCUCAACGUCGUUGCAUGGGGUGGCAUGUUGUUCCUUUUACUUUGCAAUGCGUCGCCAGCCAUGUGCUACCCAACAUGCAACGAUAUCAACUCCCCACGUCGUAAAUGGGUCGAAUGGGACUCACAGAUCGUCAACGCUUUGUUUUGCGUCACUGGUUUUGGACUGGCACCUUGGAGGUUUCGCGAUCUGUACUUCCUUCUUCAAUACCGCGUCCUCCGCAAACCAGAGGCACUUUGCCGCCUGGCCGGCAUACACCGCGGUUGGUUUCGACUUCCAGGCUCCGAAAAGCUCCCGGUAAACGUUGGGCCGGAAACAGUAAUCCAACUCUCGGACGACCGGCCACUUCUGCAUAUUCCGCAUCCCGAGAAAGCAAUCCCAAACCCCCCAUUAACAGGUGUCAGAGCGCCACCCACCGCCAUAUGGAAGAUGGACUUUGUUAUCUGGUUCAAUGUGUGGAAUACGUUUCUGCAAUGCGUUCUAUCGGGUUUCAUGUGGGGUAUGAACCGUUACAAUCGGCCCAGCUGGGCCACGGGCUUGUUCGUCGCUCUGGCCUGCAUCGCCGCUGCUACGGGUGGUCUGAUGAUGUUCCACGAGAGCAAAAAGGUGAAGAGCAUUGAGGGCGUCCCAGUGAGUAAAGAUGAUCAAGAACGGCUGGCGAGGGACAAGGAGUUAGGCAUUCAACAUUACAACAACAUCAGGGAUAAGCCUCCCAAGGAGAAAAAGUAA